UACCUGAGUCUGAGUCCUCAGCUGAGACACAGGUAAGACAGAAAACACCUGGACAGGAAGUAAAGACACAAACAACACACCAGGAAUACUUACCAAAAUAAAACAGGAAGUGAAACACAACACUGAGGAAGGAGGGUCAUAUGGUCCAGAACGUCAAACAUCCAAAACGCUCUGAGGAGCUGGAGGAGGAGAGAGCUGAGACUUUAAACUUUAUUUAUAACAGCAGGCAGACAAACUCAGUGGAACCAUGUCUCUGCGCUCAGCUGUGAUCAUCAGUAUAAAUGAACUGGUCUUCAUGGUGAUCCUGACUGGAUCUGGAGCUCAGCCAAUCAGGAAGGAUUUCAUCAGUUUCUGAGUCUCAAACAUCAAACAGGAGCUCUGUUGUUUCUGCUGCUGCUGCAAGGCAUCAUGGGACGUCAUCCUCUCCUUUCCUUCGGUAAAGGAAGCUCCAGUGUCUCCUCUGCUGAAGGAGAUCUGAAGGAGACCUGGACCAGAUCAGGUCUGAUCAGGUCUGAAUCAGCUUCUUCUGUUCAAACACAUGGAAAUGAAGAGUAACAGGAUGUGUUCAGGCGUCAGUGUCAGAGGAGGAAAAACAGGAGGCAGCGGUUCCAUUAGUAAUUACAUAUAUAUAUCAAUAAUCAAUAAUAAUAAUCAACAAUAAUCAUCAUAAUCAUCAUACUUUUAUUUUAAAUACAGACUUUCACAUGUAACUGAGUAUUUUUAGUGUGGUAUUAGUUACUUUUACUAACGUACCUCCUCCUGUGUGUGUGUGUGUGUGUGUGUGUGUGUGUGUGUGUGAACUCCACUUUGCUAAACUCCAAGUGCCAUCAUGACCCCUCUCCUCCCAGGUGCAUGCUGGGAGCUGGAGUGUUUAGAGCGGCCGUUGAUCUGGCUCUCCUGCGGGAGCUGGACUACAUUUCCCAGCAUGCCCCGCGCGUUUUCUUCCUUCCCUCUCUCCUUCCUGCAGCCUCGGCCCUUCUGCCGUGAAAAAGGAAGAUGAGAGUCAGCAGCAGUCCGCCGCCUCUGAACCAGUCCUGAACCCAGUCUGACUUCCAGCGGAAUGGCGGCACAGUGGCUGCAGACGGACCGGAGCCCGAGCUCAGCUGCUGUUCUCCGGCCUUGAACUUGACGCGACCGCCGCUGGAGCCGCGGAGCUCCGGAGCCUGGAGGAGCAGCGGGUGGAGCUGCAGCCUGCCGGGCCGGGCCGAGCCGAGCCGAGCCGCCCUCUUCUCCCUCUCCUGCUAACGAUGCUCAGCGAGCUGCAGGACUGAAGCCUCGACAGCACCGCACCCUGAAACCAGACCCGAUCUCUCCCUGCCCCCCGCCCCUCUUCAGGUCUUGGUUUGACCCUGGUCUGGUCCUGAUCCUGUCCUGUGGUUACAGUGUCCCUGCAGGCUGCAGCAUGGAGCGCUCCGGCAGCAUCCAGCUGGACAUCCCGGACUUCAGUAACUCGGUUCUGACUCACCUGAACCAGCUGCGUGUUCAGGGCCGUCUCUGCGACAUCGUGGUCAACGUUCAGGGCCAGAGCUUCCGUGCGCACAAGGUGGUCCUGGCCGCCAGCUCGCCGUACUUCCGGGACCACAUGUCUCUGAGCCAGAUGAGCACCGUGUCGCUGACGGUGAUCCGAAACCCGUCGGUGUUCGAGCAGCUGCUGUCCUUCUGCUACACGGGUCGCCUCUGCCUGCAGCUUGCUGACAUCAUCAGCUACCUGACGGCCGCCAGCUUCCUGCAGAUGCAGCACAUCAUUGACCGCUGCACCCAGAUCCUGGAGGGCAUCCACCUCAAGAUCAGCCUGGCCGACCUGGACGAGGAGUCCAGGGAGGAGGAGGUGCGGGGCCCCAGGGGCAUCAGGACCCUGGAGGCGGUGGUCCGAGGAGGGGGUCAUCACGGUCUGCGGCUCCUCGGCCCACGAGGAGGUGCGGAGGCGUGUGAGGCGGUCAGCCCCACCGAGGAGCCGAUCAGCCCACCGCCAACGGUGGAGCACAGUGGGCUGGAGGGGGCCACUGCUGCCAGCAGAGCCGGCAAAGAACCGAUCCUUCGCAUCAACCGGGCCGGUCAGUGGUACGUGGAGACGAGCAGUGACCCGGAGCGGACCGGCAGCGCAGAGGAGGGCGGCGGCGUAGAUGGAGUCAGGAUCAAGACGGAGAGGAUGGAGGAGUGGAUCGGAGCAGGUGAGCAUCAGGAGGAGGGGGGCCCGGUGGAGGAGGGGACCACGGUGAUGAUUGACACGUCAGGACGCAGCACACUGGUGACGGGGCCAGUCGGGGCGUUGGGGACCCGGAGCGUCCAACCGUCCUCCAGCUUCAGCGAGACAGACAGGUUCAGUCCCACCGGCAGCGUGGUCGUCCUGGCAGAGCGUCAGAGAGCAAAGAGUGAAUCUCCCAACAGGGCGGACGAACUGCGUCAGGCGAGCUCCCAGGGGGAGGAGCAUGCAGCAUUUGAUAUGGGCGGCUACGAGGAUUACCUGAGGGAGCAGGUAGGAGACCGCUGGUUCCGCUACAACCCCCGGCUCACCUGCAUCUACUGCUGCAAGUCCUUCAACCAGAAAGGCAGCCUGGACCGCCACAUGCGCCUGCACAUGGGUAUCACGCCGUUCGUCUGCCGAAUCUGUGGGAAGAAGUACACCCGCAAAGACCAGCUUGAGUACCACAUCCGCAAGCACACCGGCAACAAGCCCUUCCACUGCCACGUCUGUGGCAAGAGUUUCCCCUUCCAGGCCAUCCUCAAUCAGCACUUCCGCAAGAACCACCCGGGCUGCGCCCCCCAAGAGGCUCACAGCGCUUCCCCCGAGACCACCACCACCUCUGUCACGUCCAGGGGGGGUCCGAGUGAUGAGGCCUCCCCCAGCCAGGAGGAGCCCGAGGGCGGAGGCAGCGGCGGGGGGAGCAGCAGCGGCGGGGGCCAGUACGGCGAAGGUCCCCAGGCCUCGGUCUCCACCACGGGGCCCGACUGACCCAGAGAGCCAGAGGUGGGUGGGGUCAAGGUCGGGGUGGGGGGAGACAGACGUGGAUGGCCGGUCUGAUCCCGGUGUACCUGAAGCCAACAGGAUGCUGAACCCGCUGACAUCAAAGCAGCGACAGAAAGGACACCUCAGAGUCCGAACUGAGAUUUUUCCGCUUUAAACCGCAUCUACCUUCACUAACCAAACCGAACAGAUUAAGCUAAAAUGAAGAAAUGCCACACACUCCAACAACCUCAUACACCACACAAUGCAGUGGUUCUCGUUUGCCUCCGUCUAGUUUGUUAUGUUACAGAUUUCUAAUUUUAUAUUUACAAGUAUUACAGGUUCACAACGCAGCAUCACAACAGUCUGUCUGGUGGAGACUUUGCCAAACUACUCAGUGCCAGUUUAACAGUUCAAAUCCUACAUAUUUGCCUUGAGACAAUCCAGAGCAGUCGGGUUAAUAAUAAUAAUCCUGCGCUCUUUAAGUGCCACAACGGCGUAAAAAGAUUUAGUUGCACAAAAAGGUUCAAUGAGGAAACUUGUUGAGUUCCAGUGUGAUCAGAGUUUAUAAUCGUUCCCUGUGUUUUUUUUUUGUUUGGUCGAAACCCAAGGUAACAUCUUCUAAAGAUAAAGAAUCAGCAAAUCUUCAGUUGAGAAGUUAGAACCAGAUGUUUGGUCUUUUUGCUUGAAAAGGACUUAAAACUACUGAUGAGCAAAAUAGUUCCCAAGUUCUGUCACUCCAUAAACCGAUUAAUGUACCUGGUUACAUUCAGUUACAUAAAUCUAAUUGUUCUGAGCGUCUAAAUCAUUAAGUAGAUCCCUGUUUUGUCACGUUAUGAACUGGUGACGAUGGGACAUGUUCAGGAAGUGAAAAAAAUUCAUUCAAAUAUUUUCGUAUAAAUUGUCAGAAUGUUACAUUCUUAUCAGUCAGUAAGAGAGUUUUAAAUCAGGCUUUAAUAACUUUUAGUUUACAGUCUGAGGGAAAGUCAUCUUCAAUCUGAAAAAGACAUUUUAUUGAAAAACAUUUUAAAUAAUCUGUAUGAAAUGAUCUAAACACAGAGCUUUCGUCUGUAUCUCACUGUCUUCUUUAGUGAAAGGGACUUUCUCAGGUGUCAGUGUGUGACCUCAGUACAGGUCACAUGAUAAUUAGUGGUUGCACCUGGAGGGACAUCACAGCCAUGUCCUUGUUCUUGGACGGUUUGCAGUGUCGAAUCACGGCUGUUCAACAAACCCCAGAGGAAGGACAUGAGAUGCAUUUGAAAGCUCCGAGUGCAGAGGAGAAUAAAUCUGUUCUCAUGCAGUAAAAACUCUGAUCACACUGGAUUAAUUGGUUAAUUUGGCUGUAAAAUGAGUUUAAAUUCUAGAUUAGUGUUUGAGUAUCGUGGCAGUUGAACUCAGUUUUUAAGGAUCUGGUAGAUUAGAACGGACCAUCUGGCAGCCUGUUACCUGAACAGACUCACAGCAGGAAAAACCUGGACGGCGUCCAGCCUCAGAUAAGCUACACAGCUCAGUUACCUCUCAUCACUACGCAAUACAGCUGCUGCACUGCACAGCACAGCACCACCGGGGGGCGCUCUGAUCCACUCACACAGAGAUCUCCGUCAGUCUUCUCAGAUAUUUUUAUAAACAAGCAUGUCUUUAUUGUUUUUUGUUUUUUUUUCUUGGACACUUUUUGCUCUGACAAUGUGUGUGACGGAAGACAGAAGCUUCAUGUCGGAGGAGGAAACAGAGUCGAGAUCUGAUCACUCCUGUCGCAGUUAAUGUCGCAUUAAACCUGCUGCACUCCACACCUGUCUCAGUUACAGAGAAAAACAGCUACAGAUUAGAGCUGCACCAACGAUUAUUUUCAUUUUCAAUUAAUCUGCAGAUGAUUUUUCAAUUCAUUGAUCAGGGUAUGAAAUGAUAGUAAACCAUUAAAUGACCGUCACAAUGUCCUGUUUUGCCUGAAACUCAAAUAGAUUCAAUUUGACACAGAAAAGCAUCAAAUCCUCGUGUUAGAGACGCUGCAAACAGCAAAAUGAACAUGACUAAACGAAUAUUAGAUUAUCAGAAUAGUUGUGAUUACAUAUUUGAUUAAUCGACUAACAAUUGUUACAUCUCUACUUUCAGACCAGUGGUAAAAACAGGAAAAGAUAGUUAUGCUAACGUUAGCUUGCAAGCUAACAGAUGUUUCGCUGACUCAUCACAUACUAAACUGUUUUCAGUGGUUCAAAGAUAACUACUGUUAGCAUUGGGACCUUUUUUAAGCUGAUGUGGACUCUUUAAUAUUAGCAUUAUUUUUCCUUUGAUCACCCUAUCGAUUAAUUGAACCAUUGUCACUUCUAGUCCAGUCAGUCCAGUCAAACACACAGGAAAAGAUAGCUAUGCUAACAUUAGUUUGCAAGCAAACAGAUAUUUUGCUAACUCAUCAUCUACUAAAUUGUAUUCAGUGGUUCACAGCUGAAUAUGUGGACUGAACAUUAACAUUCAAUCAUUACUAAUGGAUUAAUGGACUAAUCGUUUCAGCUCUAAUAGUUUUAUUAAUAUUGUCACUGUGACCUGCUACAGUUAAACACGCAGGACAGUUAAUGCAUCAUUGACGACAGACUUGUGAUCGGGUAGUGACAGAACGAGGAGCCAGACCCAGUCAGACCAGAUGGAUGUAGUAGCCAGGCCACGGAACUGGACUUUUAAAAAACCCUCCAGAGGUCAAAGUUCACCUGCUGGAGGGCGGGAGCAUGUCAGACCACCUGGCAACCAAAGGAAAGAUGGCGUGUCCACGUGGGCCCUCCGAAACGCCAAAACAACUAAAGCACUUAUCAGACAGAGAGACGGGGUCCGAGACAGAAACUUUUUAUAAAAACAGAACAAUCUACACAUAUUAUCAGACAAACAUAUUUAAACUACUAAGAUGUUUUUUUUUGCAUAUGAAUAAUGUAAACAAAGCUAGAAGUUGAAUUCAGAUAUGGUAGGUAGGCAGGUAGCACGCGGAUCGGCUGUUACUGUUUUUCUACAGAGCUGUGAAUCAGAUUCUCAGUGGACGGUAAAUUUUUUAUGCAAGUGAAGCCAGCGGCUCUGUCCUCACGGCUGGCUGGACUAGAGUUUUCCUCCAGAUCACACCGCCGCCGCCGCGCUCACUCUUCAGGCUAAACCAGGAACUAUCAGGUAUACAGACUCUUUUUUUCAGUGAAUUGGACAUUUACCUUUCCCUACGUAGCAGAACGCUAACGGCUAAACCUCAGUGCGAGAAGUAGAACUCACCUGUAAAUAAACAACGGCAGCAGGUAAGAGACACCUGCGAGUCAGAGGACGACAAAACACACCAACCAGGGCUGGGCAAUAUGGAACAAAUCAGUUUCAUUAUAAACACUCGACCUCUUUUUAACGUACCACGGUCUCAGAAAAUACUUUCUUUGUGAUUGGCUGGUCACUUUAUCUCACCUGUCUGUUUCUGCUCACAAAUCAGUGACAAACUAAAUCAUGAAUCAUUUUCUUCAGGCAUUUAACAAGUAACACACAACAUAUUCAGUGACAUCGCUGAGUUAAGUUGAACACAAAUCUUCAGUUGAGCUGCAGCUAUUGAUUAUUUCCAUUAUUGAUCCAUCAGUCAAACAUGAGGAAACAGUCACUGUGAUGUCAUGUUGUUGCUUGUUUUGUCCAACAGUUCAAACCUCAGAUAUUUACUGUGACAUAAAGCAAAUCUGAAGCCAGACAACAGAUUAUGAUAAAAUAACAUUAACUACAAUUAUUAAAACAGAUUUUCUUGAUCCACACAAAAUCUGAUAUAAUAUUGGCAUUAUUUAUGCUCCAUAUGAGGCAGCUGAAGAGUUUUCACACUAGGACUAAAAUGUUAUUUAAUAUUUAAAGUUGAGGUGUUCAUUCAUUAAAAACGUUAAUACUUUCAGUUUUAUAAAAACAGGUUUUAUUGUCAGACUUAAAUAAACUGAUCUAAUAAAUUAGGAAACUGGACUUUAACUUUGGCAGCCAUUGAUCUCUGAAGGGUUUCAUUAUUUUGUCAUGUAUGGAUUAAACUCCUCUUUUUAAACCGGUCUGAACCGGUCCAGACUCCACACCUGUUUUACAGACAGUAAAUCGUAUAACUGCAGAUGAGAAUGAAUUUAACUGAUGUUAUUGGCUUAAUGUUCUGUAUAGAAGAAAAGUUUAAAUCAUUAUUACAUCUGACAGAUGGUUGACUAUUUCACAUCUCGUUAUUAGUGAGCUAACGUGAGCUAACUUAAGCUAACGUGAGCUAACUUAAGCUAACGUGCCCUAACUUAACUAACGUGACCUAACUUAAGCUAACGUGAGCUAACUUAAGCUAACGUAACCUAACUUAAGCUAACGUCAGUAAUAACAUUAGCACAGUCGUUAGUAAGCUAAUAUUAGUAGCUCAUCUCUACCAGUUGUUUGUUGGGCAGCUUGUGAACUUCCAGAUUGUUGAGAUUUUUAAUAUAUCAAGGCUGAGUUUAAACUGAAGAUCCUGUUUGAACCAGGUCCUGGUUUCAGACCAGGUCAGACUGGUUCAGACGGUGGCGGGUCAGUUUACAGUUUUCUUUAAUUUAUCAGAGAAAGAAUUCAGAGUCAGUAACACCAGGAAUCAGGAGUCCGACAUUGAAAGCUCGAAAUGUUGAUGCACAUUAAAUAAUGUUCUCUGUAAAUCAGAGCGUUGAGAUAUUUCAGCUGCCUUAUGUGUCAGUUCAAACACCUGUAAACUACACUGACAAACAAGAAGAGUGAACAUGUUUAUGUCUUUACAUAUAUUAUAAGAGAUGCUGGUAAAAUCUGGCUCAGUCUUUGUUUUGUCAUUUUGCAAAGAGGAACAUGAUGAAGGUUUGGACAUGUUGCCCAGCUCCAACACAAACAGCUCGUCCAGCAGAAACUCCAGGAAUUAACAGACUAAACUGUCAGCAGAUAAUUACUCAGUUAUAACUCUAAUUAUCUGUAAUUAGUCAGUUAUGAAGAUAGAAACAGUUGCCUGUUACACGUUUGAAUCUCCUUUCAUAUUGCUAUAAAGGUUUUUUUUGAGUGCUGAUCAAAUGAAGUAAGAAACUAAAUUGACCUCAGCUGUUGUCGACGUCUGUCUUCAUUUUCAUAAACAUUUUCUAGACAAAACAAGUUCACAUCAGGAGAAUGAUAAACUAUACCGGUCUGAACUGGUCCUCAUCCUCUCUGCACUGAGGUGUAGUGAUCAUCAAGGACUCGUUACUUUCAGUGAACACAUCAUUUCAAGCCAGUUAAAGUCAGGAAAAAGCUGCUUCCAGAACAGCUGGUCCGGUCUGGUCCGGUCCGAGGAAUCUGUAAAAAAGGAAAAGUUGGAUCAGAGUUGAUCUGACUCUGGUUGAUCCAUCAUGUUGAACCAGAGUUAUUUUUUACUGUGAACCCAAGUGUCAUUUUUUAUAUCGUCAGAUUUUCAGUUGUCACUUUUUAUUUGUAAUAAUUCAGAAUAAUGUUUGAACAGGAGCAGAAAUUCUUCAGUCUGUGGUGCUCGUUCUAUAUUUACAGUGUAAAUCUGCUCCACUUUGAAAAGUGAUAAGUCUGUUUUUUGGUAGAAAAACACAAUAACAAAUCAUGUAUGGAAGUGUCCAGAGCAUCAACAGGUGAACCAGAUAAAUGAUAGAAGCACCUUGGAUGAUACAUUCAAUGCUUUUAAUUAAGAAAGUGAUGAUGAAAAUCCAGUCAGAGUCAAGAGGCUUUUAGCCAGUUAAUAUAUAACCAGAUAAAUGUUUGGUAUUUGGGAAUAUUCAGAUCACCAUGAAAAUAUAAAAUGAUGGUUUGAACAACCAGAGUUAGUAAAGACAGAAACUCACUGCUCAGGAUCCGACUUCUCCUCUUCAAUGUUUCCUCAGUUCAGUUUAGAUCCAGUUUAACCUUCAGUCAAACUGUGAAAACAGCCCAACCUCAUCAUCUUCAUCCUCCGGUCUUCAUCGUGUCUUUGAGUCAGUCGAGGCUCCACUUCCUCUGAUCGACUCAGUUUGCUUUACAACAAACGCCAAACGUGGGUUUCAUGUUUCUUGAGUCUUUUUAUUUUUUACUUUUUACUGUGUGAAUCAAAUGUUUAGUAUAUGAAUAUCCAGUAACCUUGACCACAACAUGCCUAAUUAUAAAUCAAAUCAUUUAGAUAUAUUCACUUAAUGAGAUUACUCUUUACUGUUGAUUCCUCAAAGUAUAUCCUAAUAUAUCGAAGCAGAAAAUGAGUCAAAGAAAAAAAUGGAAUUUAGUAAAUUAACUUUUAAUACUGUACAUUUUUUUUAAAGAGGAGGUACUUAACAUGUUCUGUAGUAGACGAAUCUGAAAGGUUUUAUGUGAAGAUCUUUUAUGUUGCAUGUCUUUGUUGCUAAAAGAUGUUGGUGGAGGGGGGUGGAGGGGUGUGAGGCCAAAGGUUGAUUAUAGUUUAGAAAAAUGUGAAGAAGCUUCUUUCACUAUGACCACUAGAUCACUCACAGGUCGCAUCUCCUUCAAAGGAAAUAAAGCACUUUAAGUGUCAAA